AUGGCUGGAAUUCCAGCGCCCGUUGAUGUACUCCGUACACCGGCGCUGAUCCGACGGUUUGGCAAAGCCGACGGAAUGGCGUCAACAACCCCCCACAUCUCGGAUGCUCCCUCGGAUGCUGCUCCGAGUACUGUACAAUCGGCUGUUUACCCGGGCUGGAUCGAAGAGGGUCAUUGUAAUUGA